ACUCAGCCUGUGCUUCUCCUUCCCUCCCCCAGGAAGGCGAUGGAAGGGCUCCUUGCCCUCAGUGAAGAUGGCUGCUCCCCCAUCUCCAUCCAACAGAUGGCCUAUGUGGCCGGCCUGGGGUUCGGACUCAUGAGCGGCGCCUUUGCGAUGAUCAACCUGCUGGCGGAUUCCCUGGGGCCUGGCAUCGUGGGCAUCCACGGAGACUCCCAGCUCUACUUCCUGACUUCAGCCUUCAUGACUCUGGUGUUGAUCCUGCUGCACACCUUUUGGGGCAUCGUCUUCUUCCACGGCUGUGAGACGCGGCGCUGGGGGGAGGUGGCAGCUGUCGUGCUCUGCCAUCUCACCGUCUCUGCCCUUGUGAGUAGCACCCCUAAAAGUGGCUGUGUCGGGGGGGAGGAGGAUGUUUGAGAGAGAGAGAGAGAGAGAGAGAGAACGGGAGCUAGUAGGCUGCAGUGAACAUGCCCCCCAGCUGGCACCUUCCAGGCCUGUCUCUGCUCUAGCUGCCCCAAUGAAUGGACCCAUCUCCCCUAUGGCCAGGGAGGGUCUUAGUCCUCAUGGCAUUUUAUAUUCUGAUAGCUGAGAUCCUGCCUCCCAAGUGCCCCCUGGGAAUCCAGGGCCCCAGGCAGCCCCCGGCAAGCGGCUUACAGGCCACGGGGAGGGGCUGUAGGCAGCUUCGCCUCCUGUGUGCAGCUGUGGUGCCCCUUGACUGGGCCGCUCUCUGGCCUCCGGGGAAGGCAAAGGGCUUCCUGUUUCAUUUCCGGGACUCCCCCUCCGGCAGGGAGAUGGGGGUAGGAGGCCUCCUGGUCAGAGGCCAGGUGGGAGGGUGUGAAGGAGCAAUCAUCAUGUGAUUAAAGACAGCCUGUCAAACUACAAUUGCUAAUCAUCUGCUCAGGGAAGUU